GAGCUGGCGACGCGAGGGAAGCAGACGUCGGCACUAGCCUCGGUAGCCGCGGUUGCCGUGGUAGCAACAGCCGAAAGACCUGAUCGAAAGCGCUACAUGCGGAGUCUGGGCGAGCAGGUGCGGGCGAAACGACAUUCGGUACUGUUCCUGCCCACCCUGAAGCCCUGCAUUGAGGAGAGCCUGACGGGGGCCCGCUUCCUGGAGGAGACUGAGAGGGUGGUCGUCGCAGACACCAACGUCGACGUAGACGUAGACGGCAACAUCGACGGCGACGGCGAUGGCGACGGCAACAAGCUCGUCUUGGCGAGUGGGCAGGCCGACGAGGCUAAUGCGUCGAGCAUUUAUCCGGCAAGACCAGUCGGCUCACAUGACGCGAACAAGACGGACACGACCGACCUCGGUCGGCAAGAGUUGGUUGGCAGGCGCGACUUCCGUCCACUCUCGGAGAAUCUGAUUGUGCCCUGCAGUAAAGAGUUUCAGAUGGUGCUCAGACAGUUGGAGCGACUUGGCAACCACUUGUCAACAGCCUCACAACCUCGGCCCGAUAGGCAGGGCAGCAUUUUGGAUGAUUGCGAACAGGACAGCUGUCGAGGAUAUCUUCCGAAUCAGCCGAGGUUGGACCGAUCCCCGGUCGUCGCGAGAAACUGGCAACACAAGGAUUCCAGUCAGCCCGGUUCGCAUCCGGUGAUGGAGGCAAGGUAG